AUGCUUCCCUUGAGGCUGAGAGGCAGUCGUGGCAUCCGCACACGUUAUGUUUGCGCCUCAUGUUGCGCCCAUGUCUCCCAGGGCACUGGUGCCCACGGUCGAGAGGCCGCCCUAAGCCGAACCUACGCGACGAAGAAGACGGCUUCUGAGACUGCGGACGACUCAGCACCAGCCCAACCUUCGCAGGCAGACAAACCGGGCUCACGCAAAGCACAAACUGCAAAGGCUAAAAAGGGUGAAAAACCAGCGGGCCGACAGAAGAAGAAAACGCCGAGUCCGCCCAAGGCCAGCAAAGAGAAAGCUGCGGCGGCCGCCGAUGCCUCGAACAAACCUGAUGAGACAGUUCAAUUAUGGAAGGAAACACUCGAUAUCCUGAAGAGCCUCCAAGAAACACAAGAGCCUGUUCAAGGGACAACGGGUGAAGCUGCUACGAAGGGAAAGGACGGCAAGAAGAAUGACGCGAACACGAAACGGUCGUUGAAGUCGCACUUCCCGCCGAUACAAGGCGCUCCGUCCAAGGCCGCUGAGAGACAAGCGAAGCUGCUUGAAGGGACCUUAGACGUCCUGAAAAACGUACUGACGGUCCAAGCUGAUCAAAGAACCAAAGCGAGCAAGACGGUCAAAAACAAGGGGUCCUCUGAUCCGACGACGAAGCCGGAGCGCAAGCAGACGGUAAACAAGGGCGCAAAAGCAGACGGCAAGAUACCUCCAGGGGUCAGAUCAGGGACUGUUGAGGCUUCUGUGGCACAAGGCUUUGCUGCUUUGGUCGAGAAAACCCGAGCGGAGAAGAAAGCGGCUGCUCGAGAAGGAGGCUCAAAGUUCAACAACUUGGGAACCGGACAGCCUGAGUUCAAGAACUUGACAAAGGCUGAUAAUGUCGGACAUGUAGGUUGGGGGAAAUCGAAGACACACAGGGAUAUCAAGAAGAUUAAGACACGAAAUCAGGGACUCGAACCUGUUGACGUCGACAAAGCGCCGGUGCCUCGUGUUCAAUACGGCCUGGACCGUGUCCUGUUCAAUGAGGGUGUCUACGUGCUGCAGGACCCCCGUACAAGGGUGUACAAUUUUGAUCCCUACCUUGCGACCAUCAUGCCUGUGGACCAGUUUGACUUCGACGCCUUGAAGCAAUAUGUCACCUCUUCCAAAGACACGACGCUCAUUGAUGUAGCCAAGAAGCACAACAAGAAGUUCACAGGAUCCACUUCAAGCAUGACCGCCACAUUAUCCCAUUUCCAUUAUCUGCUCUCUUCGUGGAGGCCCAUAAACGAUGAGCGGAUCUCCAACGGCUAUAUACCCGAUAGUGUGAAUUUCGGCGCUAUCCUCAGGGCGCCGGCCGCGACGUUCCUGCACUACAAGAAUGGUACCUACGCCAUUGAUGCGGACAAGGAGUAUGACUCCGAGACUAUCCUCAGCAUGCUCGGAAAGUCUAUGGAGAAGCUCCUUACCGCUCCUAAGGAGGAGUUCGAGAAGUACCGCCGGUCCAAUUCACAUCAGCUGACGGAGGAGGAACGCAACGCGGAGGAGUCGUACCAUUACACGACAUUCGGGAACUUCAUGAUGCGGUCCCAGUUGGAUGCACAAGAUCCGCGGCUUCCUGGAACUGGUGUGUUUGACCUCAAGACAAGGGCCGUCGUCACCAUCCGCAUGGAUGCCAAGAACCCCGAGAAGGGUGUCGGCUACGAAAUCCGACAGCGUCAAGGCCAGUGGCAGUCGUUCGAGCGCGAAUACUACGACAUGAUCCGCCUCGCAUUCCUCAAAUACUCGUUGCAAGUUCGCAUGGGUCGCAUGGACGGUAUCUUUGUUGCGUACCACAACACUCAGCGAAUCUUCGGCUUCCAGUACAUACCUCUUGAGGAAAUGGACCUUUCUCUUCAUGGCAGCACGGACAUGACAACGGGUAACCGGGAGUUCAUGGCCAGUCUUGAGCUAUUGGAGGAACUGCUGCAGAAGGCGACGGAGAGAUUCCCUGAGAAGUCGCUCAGGAUCCAUGUGGAGACGAGGCCGUCCAAGGCCGUCCCGUUCAUGUACUUCUUCGCCGAGCCCGUCAACGACGAUGAGAUCAAAGUAAUUCAGGAGCAAAAUAAGGAGGAAGCUGCGAAGUUCCAAGAAAGAGUGCUUGGUAUCAAGCCUAAGGACGAGGCGGCGCAAGAAGAAUUGGACGAAACUGAGGAGGCUUUGGCUGGGGAGGUCGACUCAGCCGAGGAUGCUGUGCUCAAGGAGAACAUUGUCGAAGAGGCAAGAGAGACCGAUGAGGACGUUCAAGAGAACGACGAGGAGGACAGCGAGGACGUGUGGGAGGACAUGAUGGAAGUCGUCGAGCAAACGAUGGAGAGUGACGCUCAGGGCAUUUCGGCAAUCCGCGAUGCUAUUGAGGACGCCCUCGAGCAGAGCGGCCUUCUACAUGCAAAGUCCUCGGAGGAGGCUGAGCAAUAUGUAGAGGCACUUCUGAAGGCCAUUGUCGACGUAAACGCCGAAAGGCCCAAGACAGACGACGAGGCCGUGCCCGAGAUAUCUGGAGAGCAGCAAGAAGCUCAAGAUGUGCGCCCUCCUGAGCAGACCAACAACAUCAACCCAGAGGCUAGCAGCCCCCAGGCGGCGAAGCCGUCGCGUUUCGGCUUUCUUUCCAGCUGGUUUGGUGUCGGCAACAAGGAGGCAGACACAACGGCCAAGCAAGAACCCACGAAGCAAGACCAGGACGACCGCACUCCUUCCGAGCAAAAUUUGGCCUCCAGAGAUGAUGCCCCAGACGCAGCCGCCACAGAGAACAAGGCUGCAGAUGGCAAACCAGAUGACAUCUUGAAGGAUCUCCUCGUCAAGUUGACUACACGCAUCGGAUCUUCCAGCGACUCUCAAAAGGCAACGGAAGAGCUAUCGGAGGACCAAGCCAAGCUUCGGAACUUCGAGAGCAUCCUGCUAGAGAUGAUGCCUAGAACCCAGGAGUCACCCACGGAAGCAGCGGAGGAGGGUGAUGAGGCCAGCGACGCGGAUGAGGCCCUGGAGGACACCCCAGCCUCGAGCGUCGGCGAGGAGUCCACGACGAAGCCGGUAAUGGGCAUGAUUCUCACCAUCCGCAACAAAGUCAAUAAUGAGUACGUGAGGCGGCCGGAGAAGCUGAAACCCACGGACAAGUGGGCCGUCGAGUAUACCGCGGAGGAGAUCCCUGAGGACAAGGUGCAGGAUCUCUACAGCGCCAUGAAGAAGCGGCGGUAUAGCGCCUAUUAUAAGGAACCCGGCAGGGACCUUUUCAAAACAAUGUUCGACGGCAAGCUCGCCCACUACAGCCGCCUGGGCGAGCGCUUCAGGCAGGAGGAGACGAAGCUCGCCCAGACGCAGCCACUGCAUGUGGUCGGGCAGGAUCCGCCCUCUGGGUACGUGUAUAUGAGGAAGCCGGGACCCGGCAAACCACAUCACAAUCCGCUUGCUAUCCGUAUGCUGGAGGCGCGUGGGAUGACCCCGCUCGCCCCGCCUGUCAACUGGGACUCUCAACCUACGAAGGAGGAUAUGGGCGGGGGAACAGAGGUGGAAAAGGAACCCGUGGAGGCGGCCAAGGAGAAAUCGGCUUCGUUCCGGGAGUGGAGAGAGCGGGACCAGCAGAGGCAGGACAGGGAGAAGGAGCCGGAGAAGGAUUCAUGA